AUGGCCAACGCCAAGCCAGAGGAUGAAGCUUCCAAGCAUUAUUGGGGAGACCUUAUUCUGAACAACCGUGUUGUAAAGGAGCUCAGGAAUAACUGGGUCUUUGAGGACGUCACUUUAGAAAGCGAAAAGAUCAAAAAGAUGUACGAAGAGCACCGACUCAAAGCUAUCAGGAGCAACUGGACCUUCAUACUUCUGAUACUAAAGAUCCAAACUUUUAUUAUAUUUAUUUUAUUCCAGUUCCAGGAAGAGUACAUGCCUCUGCAUCGAAGACUCUUUUCAGCUACAAUGUUUCUCCUUGUUUUCGUGCUCAAGUAUUUAAUUUAUAAAAGCAAGUUCGUGGCUAAAUAUGGAGCCAUUUUCUAUGUUUUGGUUCUUGGCCUUAUGAUGACUCGAGCGAACCUCGAAAUUACUGAGUUCAGGAUAUAUGAAGGAUUCCUAUUUCAUAUUUCAGUUUCGUUCCUGCUGUCGACAUGUCUGAUAUCAGAUUGGAGGAUCUCUUCAGCAGCAGUGUUGUUGAUAUACUCUAACCUAUACUUCAUGCUGAAGGCUCAUUUUGACUGGGUCCCAACUACAGUUUCGUACUCCUUAGGGUUUGCAGUGGCGAUCUUUGCAUUCAAUGCAUUUCUCAUAUCGAGGAGUUUCAAACAAGAGUUCUUGUCAACAUUCCAGGCCAAACAAGCUUCUUCCCAACUGAAGAAGAUUCUUGAGGAGCUGCCUGAAGGAGUCAUCAUCAUGAAUGAGCAAGGGGAUGACCUCAAGUUCAUCAAUAAAAAGCUCAAGCAGACUUUUGAUGUGUCGUCCUUCUACCAGAACCAGGAUGGAAGUAAGGAUAUAGCGAAGAUCAAAGAAUCUGUAGAAGAGAUUCUGGAAGAAAUCGAAGGGAAAUCAGUGAGCGAUAGCAUGAAUUUUGAAGACACUCAAAAGCUUAACGAUUUCAUUCUAAGCAAUUUUGUGGUCAGAAUCAGAAUGGAUAGAAUUGAAGAAGGCAAAGGAGAAGACCCUGAUAUUUAUGUUGGAGAUUUUGAAGAGGUGCCAUUGCCUGUCUUUCUUCAAGAAGAAAGAGAGCUUUCUAAUAAUGAACAAGAAAAUGAAAGAAGCACAAAAGCCUCUAUUUCAUAUACCCAGAAACAUUUUUCUAAAGAUAUUGAGAAUUUGUACAGAGAUUUUAUUGUGAAAACUUCAAAAAUAGAUUAUGCGAAUGAUCAUGAUAAAGACCCUACUUUUCUCCAGAUGUUCAUUGACACUACCCAGAUCACUCAGCUCGAAGAAGCCAAAGCUCAGAGCAACUAUCAGAAACAAAUGCUCUCUAAUGUGUCGCAUGAGUUCAGGACUCCUCUCAAUGCAAUGUCUCUGUCGCUGCACCUGAUGAAGGCCCACAUCACCGAAGACUUAGCCAAGUUCCACCGGAUUGCGUCUUCAUCGUGAGACAUCUUGGGAGGGCUGGUGGAAGAUAUUUUGGAUUUCUCGAAGAUAGAGGCUGGGGUGUUCGAAGUACACGAGACAGUAUUCACAUUUAAAGAGCUUUUUGGCGAAGCCAAAUCUAUCUUUGAGAUGCAGACACAAAUGAAAGGAAUCAAUCUUAACUUUCAAAUGGAUGAUGCGUUUAUAGAACUGAAAAUCAAGUCGGAUAAGCAAAGGGUCAAGCAAAUACUUUUGAACCUAAUCUCAAAUGCACUGAAGUUUACAGAUAGAGGAUUUAUCAAUGUGAACUUAAGAAUUUGAGAUACGCUACAACUAGAAACUGAACAAAUCAACAAUAGUGACUUUACAACAAUCUUUUCAUCUGAGCUUACUGAUGAAAUGCCUGUCUGUAAUCUCUUGCUUGUCACCGAUAACUACAUGUCAACUCCAAACCCGUCCAAAUUCAACCCAGACUUGAACUUUUCUGAACCUGGGAACCCAGGACCUGAGUUAGAUCCGCAAGAGGCAGUGACUUCUGAAUUCACCAAGGAACUCAAAGUAGAACUCAUUAUCUCGGACUCUGGCAUCGGAAUUCCAGAGUGAGACCUCCCUUCUCUGUUCAAGGUGUUCGGCAAAACCCGGUCGAACCACAACAGAAACCAGACUGGGACUGGACUUGGGCUGACCAUCUGCAAGAAACUGUGUGAGAAGCUGGGCGGAAAGAUCAGUUUGAAGUCGCAGGAAGGAGUUGGCACAGAAGUGACUUGUUCAUUCACAUGUUUGUACUAG